AUGCAGGACCUGGUGGAGCAGUCAUGGAAUAGAGGAGCAGAGGGUGAGGUCUCACCAGAUCCGGCCGCAACGGAGAGGAAGAGGCGACGCGCCACGGGCAGGGCGAGGUGCCGAGCGGAGCCGCAGACAGGGCAGAUGAAGAGGCGACCACGCAGGGCCGACGGGGCGGCCGGCGUCGCCCGUACUGGGGCAAGGGACGACGGCAGCGGAGCAGGCACCGUCGGGGAUGGGGCCUGGGGCGCGACGGGUGGCCCGCGGCUGUAG